AAAUUCCCCAACCAUUCAUCAUAUCCUUACAGUAUCCUCACCUUGGUAAUUAACAAGAAGAAAAGAAAUUGAGAAUUAACCCUUUAUGUCUAUUUUCCUGUUUUAUGUCAUCCACAAUGGUGGCAAAAAUUGAUGGUAACUGAGAAGAAAAAAUCACCAUUAUGGAAGAAGGUGCCCGUGCAGCCAAUAUCUUUAGGUCCCAAUCUGUUCCAAACGUAGGGCGUCGUUCAUCAGCUUCGAAUGUUGCACUUGCACAAAAGUUGUUUGCAGAGGCAAUUGGGGCGUAUGUGAUAAUAUUUGCAUGGUGUGGAUCAGUUGCCAUGUACAAGCUAGUCGAUGAUGAGAGCAUAACGUUAUCAGGGAUAAGCAUGACAUGGGGAGCAGUUGUAAUGGUGAUGGUUUAUUCCAUGGGACAAGUAUCAGGAGCUCAUUUUAAUCCUGUGGUCACUAUCAUUUUCUCUAUCUUCCGUCGCUUCCCAUGGAAAUUAGCACCAGUAUACAUAAUAGCUCAAGUAAUCGGAUCCGUUCUGGCAGGCGGUACUUUAGCACUACUGUUGGGUGUUGAUCUCAAAGCUUACAUUAAGCAUUUUCCUAAAGUGGGCUGAAUAUGAGCAAAGUUGAUCAAUAUUUGGUUUGGAGAAGUAAUGUUUGAUAACUCCUUUGUUGUGUAUCAAUGAAAAUCUUACCUGCACUAUGGUUGCAACUUUUUUACCCGCAAGAUGUAUAGUGUUGGAGAAUCCUAAGAGUAUAUUUAGGGAAGAGUCCUAUAAUCAGAAUAUAUAUAUAUACACACAUCAGCGUAUACAUUAGCAUAGGAAUGUGCUUAAUUAGGACUCUUCACCAACUGUGGUGUAUAUAUGCACGAUCCUUGUAAUGUGCAGAUUAUGAAAGAGAGAGCAAGAAAACUGCUCAUUCA